AUGAGAAACAACAGCAAUACUCUUUGCUGUCUUUUAUUUCUGCUGCUCUUGCAGCUAGCAGUUCGAUCUGGAGCUCAUGAAGUCCAACAAAGUUUGUUGACCAAUGAGAAAGAGUUGGCUGGAGACGUCGAAUUGGCGGCAACUCACUUUAGACGACGUCUGGAGGAAGAAGGUGGCGCCACUAAUGAAGGAGAGGGCGGCUCGAAUGGGGACGGGGGAGCUGCUAAGGCUGACGAAAGUGAGAACAAGGAUUCAGAAGAUGAGGACUCUUCAUCAUCCGACGAGGAUGAACCAGCUGCCGCUAAGGACGAAGAUGACAAAGAGGGUUCCGAAAAGGCCGAAGAAUCUGCCGCCAAGGAUGAAGAUGGCAAGGACGAAGAAAGUAGCAGUAGUGACGAGGCUGCUGAUGGCGAUGCCAAGGAAGAUGAGCCAGCAGCUGCACCCGAGCUCGAUGAUGCGAGUAAGCAAUAUUUUGAAACGACGAAGGAUACCGUUUUGAAAGAUGAGAAAAAAUCAUCCUCGGACGAAGAUGAAGAAGUAGGCUCAUAUUCAGUACUCGAUCCGCCACCAUCCUUCUAUGAUCUGAAAGAGUACUCCAUUGAAACCAUCACCAUGACCUCUUGUCAAAAGAUUGAUUUUGCAUUUGCCUACUUGACCUCGUUGGAAUUUGAUGGCAGUGUUUUGAAAAAUGCCAAGACAAAGCAAGAUGACUCCAAUUUCUGGUCUGAUAUUUACAUUAUCGAAAUGAUCGUCCUUCCCACCUCGCUUAUUCUGGCCUUUUUUGGUUCCAGUCUCUUGAUGCUUGCCUCUAUGUUGACAGCUGCUGGCUUUGGAACCUUUUUGAUCUUUCAUUUUGUGAGUGGUGCCUUUGGUGGUUUGGACUGCAAAGUCAAGCUGGGGCUUUCCGUUGUUUCGGCAACUAUUUCUGCUUUCUUGGCCAUGAAGUUUGUCAGAUUUGGACUCUUUACUUUGGGUGCAUUUUCCUCUGGAUUGUCAGUGUACCUAUUCUUUGACGCCUUUCCAGCCUUUGACCCUGGACAAAACUUUUUUGAUGUGCAGGGUUUCGUGUCGGAUGCCUCUUACAUCAGCUCGGUCGUCAAGAACUCGGAUAUUUCGCAAGCGGCAUGGGCCAUUAUCGUUGUGCUUGCUCUAUUCACCGGAAUCUGCAUUAGAGUGUAUGAGCACUCGUCGGUGGAAUUAUUGACGGCACUAUUGGGUGGCUCCGGAGCCGGAUAUGCCAUCCAUGCGCACAUUCUGGUUCAUGGUGGCUCUCUGCCCCGAUCCCUUGUAUUUGUCGUUGCUGGACUUAUCGGCAUCUUUGGCUGGCGAUUCCAAAGACGUCAACGUGUUGUAAGCCCCCAACCAACGGCAAAGGGAAAAUCCCUCCCUCAAUAUAAUACCAACACGCCCUCAAACGGUGCUACUUGGAACUCACUACAAAAGUCCAUCGAUAACACCAUUGAUCCACAAGCGCAAGGAAAGGAUAAUUAG